CCGUCAGCCGGGAGGCGCGAGCGCCUCCUUCCGCGCGGGGCCGCUGGGGGCUCCGCGGCUGCACCAUGGAGCGCCUGCUCCCGUGGCUGGGCGCCGCCGUCCUGCUCCUCCCCUUACUGCUCGUCCCUUUGGCUCUCCUAGCGAGGCGCCGCCGCGGCCGGCAGACACCUCCCCUCAGCCUCCUGGUGGUGGCCGGCUCCGGUGGGCAUACAACAGAAGUCCUGAGGUUACUUAGUUGUUUGUCAGAGUCAUAUUCUCCUAGACAUUAUAUUCUCGCAGACUCAGAUAAGAUGAGUGAAGCUAAAAUACGUUCCUUUGAACAAAAAAGAGCUGAAAUUUUCUCCAAUUCCCAGUUCACCCUUGAUCGCAUUCCCAGAAGCCGUGAGGUUAGACAGUCUUGGACCUCCUCCAUGGUAACAACUCUGUACUCCAUACUUUAUUCCCUUCCUUUGACCUACAAACUGAAACCAGAUUUGAUAUUGUGCAAUGGACCAGGAACAUGUGUUCCUGUCUGUAUAUCCGCUCUACUUCUUGGGCUUCUAGGAUUAAAGAGAGCAAUCAUUGUGUACGUAGAGAGCAUCUGCCGCGUGGAAACUUUAUCCCUCUCUGGAAAGAUUCUUUACUACUUUUCGGAUCACUUCAUUGUUCAAUGGCCUGCUCUAAAGGAAAAAUAUCCCAAGUCAGUAUAUCUUGGUCGGAUAGUGUAACAACAGAAGACAUGUGUUACCUAAAAUAAACUCAGAAAGCUCCUCACUUUUUUAACAUAUUUUAAUGUUAAAAUAAAUUGUAAUUAAAAUUGUAAUUAAAAACAAUAUUUUAACAUAAUUUAUUUUCAAAAUUCUUGUUAAGAAAUUAGGCUGGUAUUGGAAAAGCAGACAAUAAUAAAGAUAUCUUUACAUUAAA